UUUGUCCUUUCCUCUUUGUUGGGCAAAUCUUGAAUCUUCCACGUUGCACAGAGAAAACACAUUCAAUGCGGAUUCCGAUCGAGCGGUGAUUCUGUCCCCAUUGAUGGUGGCCUCCCCGACCCACCACUCACCUGAAGGAAGAUAAAUGCCCCGACCCCUAUUCCGAAGCCCUUUCUGCAACACCCCCUCCUCUCUCUCUCUCUCCCUUUGAGUUGCCCGCCGGCCUUCUCAGCAGCUUUCCUCGGCGACAGUCUGUAAAGAAAAGAAUGGCAACGGAGAGUCAGCGGUGGUGGAGUGAGGAGACUGUGGCAGUGGUGACAGGGGCAAACCGGGGGAUUGGACUGGAGAUCACCAGGCAGCUCGCAGAUAAGGGUAUCACCGUGAUCAUGACUGCUCGUAAGCCGCAGGAAGAGUUGUCAAGCGCUGCUGGAACGUUCCUGCAAGAGGGGAGGAGAAACGUCGUCUUCCACACCCUUGAUAUUGAUCAGCCACAAAGCGUGUUAGAGUUCGUCCAGUGGUUGAAGACGAAGGCGGGAUUUGUGGAUAUUCUGGUAAAUAAUGCCGGAGUUGCCAAGUCAGAGGUCGAUUGGGAGUUCGUGCAAAAGAACAACGUGGACAGUGCAACCAUCAUAGGGGACAUUAGGUGGAUGGAUGGAAUCUCGGAGAAAUACGAAUCAGCAAAAGAGUGCAUCGGGACCAACUACUACGGGACGAAGAGGGUGACGGAAGCAUUGGUGCCGCUGCUUCGACCUUCUUCCUACCAGCCCAGAAUUGUGAACAUCUCGUCCCUCCUGGGACUGCUCUCCUUUCUAAGGGACGAGGAGGUGAGGAAGGAGUUGGGAGAUGUGGAGACGUUGUCGGAGGAGAAGAUCGAGCGUGUGUUGGAGGCGUUCCUGGAGGAUGUGAAGCGGGAGAGGAAGCUGAGCAGGUGGCCGCACAAGUUCCCCUCUUACGCGCUCUCCAAGGUGGCGUUGAAUGCCUACACCAGGGUGUUGGCGCGACGAUUGGAGGGCAAGGCGUGCGUCAACAGCGUGCACCCUGGGUACGUGAAGACGGACAUGACGCUGGGCACCGGCGACCUCUCUCCCUCCCAAGGCGCCCACCAUGUAGUGAGCCUUGCUCUUUCCCCUCCCCCUUCCCCUUCAGCCCACAACUUCCUUCAACACCACCAAUCCUCCUUCUGAUCCAUAACUCCAACAAAUAAAUUAGACGCGUCUCCUGCAGCGUAGCUCUCCUAUCAUCCUCUAUCCAUCUAUUUGGCCCCGCUUCCUUUUAAUUUCAUUCUCAACUCUUAGCUGGUGUGUGCGCACGUCUCCUUGUGUUUGUGUAAAAUUACAUCUGAUCUUGCAUAUCA